GCGGAGGCUGAUUGGAUAAAGAUCCGUUCCGGUCGGUUUGCUCAGUUCUAAUGUGUCAUGUAAGAACUCUGCAUGAGAUAUGCUUUGAAUCGCGCAGAAUACUCAUUUUAUAGAUAUAACCAUGAAAAACGUAUUGAAUUCUGUAAACUUGCGAGUGCAGAAACAUGUUUAUGCGUGUCUGUGGCGUCCUUUGUGGCGUGCGUUAAGUUCUGCUCCGCAGACAUGUGCAGCGGAGAGAGACAGUGGGGCCAGUAUCCUGAGGAGCAGGUGGAAAGACACAGCAGACACCGUGAUCAUCGGAGGGGGAUGUGUUGGGGUCAGCCUGGCCUACCACCUGGCCAAGGCGGGCGUUAAGGAUGUGGUGCUGCUCGAGAAGUCCGAGCUGACCGCUGGCUCCACCUGGCAUGCCGCAGGUUUAACCACAUACUAUCACCCCGGCAUUAACCUGAAGAAGAUUCACUACGACAGCAUUAAGUUGUAUGAGAAGUUGGAGGAGGAAACGGGUCAGGCCGUUGGGUUUCAUCAACCAGGCAGCAUUCGCAUUGCAUCGACCCCAGUCCGAGUGGACGAGCUCAAAUACCAGAUGACGCGCACACACUGGCAUCCAACACCGCAGUUCCUCAUUGGACCGGAGAAGAUCCAGGAGCUCUUUCCAUUGCUUAACAUGAACAAGGUGUUGGCUGGACUUUACAACCCUGGCGAUGGGCACAUUGACCCGUACUCUCUCACCAUGGCAUUGGCUGCAGGUGCUCGCAUGCACGGUGCCCAGAUAUACCACCCUGCCCCCGUCACCGGGCUCACUGCCACAUCUGAUGGAAAGUGGGACGUGGAGACACCCCAUGGGAGAGUCCGUGCCAAGCGCCUCGUCAAUACAGCAGGAUUUUGGGCUCGAGAGGUUGGGAAGCUUAUAGGCCUGGAGCAUCCAACCAUCCCGGUUCAUCACCAGUACGUGGUGACGGCGACUGUGCCGCAGGUGAAGGCCUUGAAGGCGGAGCUGCCUGUGAUCCGGGACCUGGAGGGAUCCUAUUACCUUCGGCAGGAGCGGGACGGCCUGCUCUUCGGGCCGUACGAGAAAGAGGCCAAGAUGAAGCUGCAGGACUCCUGGUUCAGAGACGGAGUCCCUCCGGGCUUUGGGAAGGAGCUCUUUGAAUCAGACUUGGACCGCAUUAUGGAGCAUGUAGAGGCUGCCAUGGAGAUGGUUCCUGUUCUGAAGGAUGCUGACAUCAUCAAUAUCGUGUCAGGUCCCAUCACAUACACCCCAGACCUUUUGCCUAUGGUGGGACCUCACCAAGGUGUGCGCAACUACUGGACUGCAGUUGGCUUUGGCUAUGGAAUCAUCCAUGCUGGAGGGAUGGGCAAGUUCUUGAGUGACUGGAUUGUUAACGGGGAGCCACCCUUUGACCUGAUCGAGUGUGACCCCAACCGCUAUGGAAAGUGGACCACAGAAUCUUACAUCUGUGCUAAGGCUAGGGAAUCGUACGGCUUCAACAAUGUGGUGGGAUACCCAAAGGAGGAGCGCUUUGCAGGCAGACCCACGCACAGGGUGAGCGGCGUGUACGACCAGCUCAAAUCCAAGGCGUCUAUGGGAUUUCAUGCCGGUUGGGAGCAACCUCACUGGUUCUACAAGGAUGGAGACGAGACCGGAUACAGGCCGAGUUUUCAGCGCACAAACUGGUUUGAACCUGUGAGACGGGAGUACAGGCAGGUCAUGGAGAAAGUGGGGGUGAUUGACCUGACACCAUUUGGAAAGUUCAUGGUCAAAGGGAAGGACUCAGAGAAGCUCCUGGACCGUCUCUUUGCCAACGUUAUGCCGAAGGUGGGCAUGACCAACAUCAGUCACAUGCUGACCCCCACAGGGAAGGUUUAUGCCGAAGUGACGAUAACGCAGCUCACUGAAGGAGAGUUCCUUCUGAUCACUGGCUCUGGUUCAGAGCUGCAUGACCUCAGAUGGAUUGAAAAGGAGGCGGAGGAUGGUGGCUACGAUGUGGGCAUUACCAAUGUGACAGAGGACAUGGGGGUGCUGGGCAUAGCGGGACCCAAGUCUAGGACUGUCCUGCAGAAACUGACAGAUGAGGAUAUGAGUGAUUCCAGCUUUAAGUUCCUUCACUGCAAGUCCAUCAAAGUGGCCGGAAUUCCACUGAGAGCUAUAAGAAUCUCUUAUACAGGAGAGCUGGGCUGGGAACUGUACCAGGACAGCAAGCACACAGCCGCCGUGUACCAGGCCCUGAUGCAGGCUGGAAGGGACGAGGACAUCGACAACUUUGGAACCUACGCCAUGACCUCAUUGAGACUGGAGAAAGGCUUCAGGGCCUGGGGAGCAGAGAUGAACUGUGACACCAAUCCUUUGGAAGCUGGCUUAGACUACUUCAUCAAGUUAAACAAGCCUGCUGACUUCAUUGGAAAGAAGGCUCUUCAGGAGAUCAAGGCUGUGGGCCUGACACGCAAGCUGGCUUACCUCACCGUGCAGACUGAUGACAUUGACCCUGAGGGCAAUGAGACCAUCUGGCAUGAUGGCAAGGUGGUUGGAAACACGACUUCCGGGGCCUACAGUUACAGCGCUGGGCAAAGCCUGGCCUUUGGUUACCUGCCCAUCGCGCUGAGCGCCGUGGGCCAGAAGGUGCAGGUGGAGCUGCUGGGCAAAAAGUAUACAGCCACUGUGGUCCAGGAGCCUCUGGUGAUGACAGAGCCAACGAGGAACCGUCUGAAGAAGGCAGCUACAGGCACGACUAAGGAAGGCCACUGAGAAGCCUGUUUGGGACCAGCGGGCAGAGUGGUGUGUGUGUGUGGGGGGGGUAACUGCGUUUCGAUGGCCUAUUCAAAAAAAACAUCUUCCUCUAUGUGGUCAGCUUCAGACGGAGAAGUAAAACCCAUGUCAACAUUAUAUAACUGCCUCUCAGUUUGCUAAAGUGUGUUGUGAAGAAGAAUGAUGUAUUUAUAUGGGGUUUUGUGAAGAAUGAAUAUUCUCCACUCUGUUUUCCCUUUCUGAACACAAUUUGAAGGACAAAGAAAAUAGCUGAUAUUUCUCUUGAAGAUAAGGUUUAAUCUGCCAAUAUAUACUCCAAGUUUAGAGCAGCAACAUAUCCCUGUCGCAAAAAGGUGAACCCCAAAACGAAGAAAAGGGAUAGCUUAGAUACCAUUGAACUAUAGCAACAUCCCCUUUCAUUCUAUUGGUGGGCUUGGUUGGGUCUUCAUCUCAUGGGGCCUGGGUGAUCUCCUGCAUCCUUCACUUAUCUCCUGCAUUCCUUAGCAGGCCACGAUGCCCUAAGGGCGACGAAACUCAGGGUGUCUCCCCGAACACUGCUGCUGACCAAUGUCACUCACCCAUUUCCCCAUUAAUAUUGGGCAACACAUGUCUAUUACAAAAACUUUGAUCGGCGGUGGGCAACUUUUCGCGAUCAUCCAGAUCCAGAUGAGCUGCCCCUUGUCUCACCUGCUUGUCAAUUCCAAGGCAACAUUGCUAAUAAACUUGCCCUGUGUAUCAUCACAAUAAGACCUUCCAUCCCCCGGCACGCCAUCCUUGAAUCUCCCUUAAUCUCUCCAAACGCCUAAUACGCAUGUCCCUAAGACUCAGCAUUACUGGCACAUGAGUAAUUAAUUCAUGAUUAAUACAGCCUUCCUUAUAAUCAUACUCCAGAAUCACAGUCUCCCAUAGUAAAAUUCAAUCAGCCGUUAUAUGUAUUAAUCCUAUCAUGCACCUCAAACUAUCACACACCUAUUGCCCCAACAAAUUCCUUCCAGUUUGACCAGGCCGAGUCAUGGAUGUGUGCUGUGUCACGUGGAUUUGGUAAAGGUCUGCAUGACUAUCUUGGCAAAGAGUGUCAUUUGCAAAAAUGUUGGUGCAGUUUAACAGUAUAAGCGACCCAGUGUUUUCAUGCAUCAACACUUUAGAUACCCACAUAGUAGGCGCAGAAAAACUACUUUUCUAAGAAUUACACAGAUAUGAAAAAUGUCAUACUUUUAUUACGUUAUAUUUUCAAUGCAUAAAGAUGAUACGACGUCUGUUUAUGUGUAAUUAUUCGUUCAACAUGUUGAAGAAGCAAUAUGACAUAUCAAAUGUCCGUACCAAACGUUGUGUAAGUAACCAAGAUUAUUGUAACAACGAUAAGGAAGGAUUAAACUGUGAAGCUAGUAAAGUUGUAUUGUAUAACUUUAAACGUUAGAUUGACCAUACUCCUAGUAGAAAAUAAGCGACAAGUAUUAAAACAAAUUUACCUUAAUUAAUGCAUGUUAAUACAUGCAGACGUUUAUUAUUCAAUGGAAAAUACACUAACCUUUCCGCCAACAUAAAAGAAUAUAUUUCAAAUAACAGUUUACUGCCAUGAAAAUGUUAUCCCCUGGUCGAGAUGUUGCGUGAGUUUCAUCACCCACAAAAACGUCUUAUAGUUUGGUUUCAGCGUGACUGACUGUACGUGCAAAGCUGCAAUUUGAAUAAAAGACGUUGCGUCAGA